ACUAAGUUUUUGGCAAAUUUAUCUAAUUCUGAAAUAGAAUGGAAUCAACAAGGUGUCGAAAAAAAUUUAAAAAGCCUAAAUUUAUGCUUGGACAAUCAAUCUAUGAUGAUAUCCGUCAGCGUGUCCCCUAUUAUAAGUCAGAUUGGCGAGAUGCUUGGCACUAUCGAAUUUUGCCAGCAAGCUUAAAUAUUUAUUUUGCAAAUCUACUGCCCGAAUUAGCAUUUGCUCUAGACAUGUUUGCGAAAACAGAUAAUAGUUUUGGUGUCAAUGAGGUUUUGCUAGCAAGUGUUCUUGGCUCAGUUGUUUUCUCCCUUUUAUCUUCACAGCCUUUAUGCAUUGUUGGUGUAACCGGUCCGAUUACUGUAUUUAAUUACACUAUUUAUAACAUUAUUCAUGACAGAGAUACUCCUUAUUUUCCUUUUCUCUGUUGGAUCUGCUUAUGGUCUAUGGUUUUUCAUUGCAUUAUUGCUCUCACGAACGGCGUGCACUUUGUCAAACACAUUACGAAAUUUAGUUGCGAAGUUUUUGGUUUAUAUGUUGCAUUUAUUUAUUUGGAAAAGGGUGUACAAGUUUUAAUUGAUCAGCUUCAAUAUGGCUUAACCAAUACUUUUCUUGCAAUAACCAUUGCCUUAUUGUUUCUAAUUAUUGGUUGGCUUUGUAAUAAUAUCGGAAAUUCAUCUCUUUUCAACCAUAGAGUCCGAGUUUUCUUACUUGACUAUGGCUUGGUAGCUUCAAUCAUUUUCUUUAGUGGCUUUCAACACAUAGGAAAAAUGCGUCAAAUAGACUUAUCGAAGCUGCCGACGUCGAAGGCUUUUUUCCCUACCCAAAAACGAAGUUGGUUUAUAAAAUUCUGGAAAAUUUCCGUAGGCGAUGUUUUCUUAGCUAUUCCCUUUGCCAUUAUUCUGACCAUAUUAUUUUAUUUUGAUCAUAAUGUUUCGUCAUUAAUGGCGCAGGAUCCUUCGUUUCCUUUAAAGAAACCUUCCGGUUUCCAUUGGGACUUUUUAUUGUUGGGAAUUACAACUGGUGUUAGUGGAAUACUCGGUAUACCUGCUCCAAAUGGCCUUAUCCCCCAAGCGCCAAUGCAUACAGCAACCCUCUGUGUAACAAAAAUUGAAGAAGAUGAUGAAGAAAAGCAAGACUGCAAAAUAAAAGUAGUGAUUGACCGAGUCAUUGAGCAAAGAGUAAGCAACUUUCUCCAGGGACUAAUGACAGUGGGAACUAUGACAGGACCGCUUUUGAUAGUUUUACAUCAAAUUCCUCAAUGCGUUUUGGCAGGUUUAUUCUGGGUUAUGGGAUUCUCUGCUAUCGAAAGUAAUAAUAUAACAAGGAAUUUGUUUUGGAUGUUUGGGGAUCGAAAAGUUCUAUCACAAGGUCAUGUUUUGAACCAUUGUCGAUCGCGUAGAGCAGUUUGGUUGUAUACUUGUCUUCAACUUCUGGGUUUUGGAGCGACAUUUGCAAUUACACAAAUUGACAAAGCAUCAAUUGGAUUUCCAAUAGUCAUUCUUUUAUUGAUUCCGUUUCGAACAUAUUUAAUGCCCAGAUGGUUUUACAAGGAAGAUUUAGAACUUCUUGAUGAAAAUGUGGGACUUUUAGCAUAUCGUUGAAGGAAAUUUCUAGGAUCUAUUGAUUAUUAUUCUAAUAUUUAUAAAGCUAGCGACUAAGUUAUUUUUUUAAUAAUAGCAUUCUUAAUAUAUACACUAAAUUAAUUAAUCAGAAC